UCCAGAGCCUUCCCGAUCGACCGGUACAAAGGUGCCCGGGCCUGCCUGAGCAGCUACAUACACUACAGCAUCACUCACUCGUCGCUCACUCAUCACCCACACUCCCACUGUGCUACUCCCACCUUAUCUAGCUCCUGCGUCUCGGCUGCAGCUUGAAGCUCGACCAGGAUGGCCGAGCCACGGAGGCGCAGGGCACCGCGGACGCAGGUCGCCGCCCUGCUCCUCGCCUUGCUCGCCGCUGCCUCCCUGCUCCAGGCCGGCGACGCUGCUUCAGGGUUCUGCGCGGGCAAGUGCGCGGUGCGGUGCGGGCGGUCGCGGGCGCGGGGGGCGUGCAUCAAGUACUGCGGGCUGUGCUGCGAGGAGUGCGCCUGCGUGCCGACGGGGAGGAGCGGCAGCCGCGACGAGUGCCCCUGCUACCGCGACAUGCUCACCGCCGGCCCCAGGAAGAGGCCCAAGUGCCCCUGAGCCCGGUGACCACCCUCUCGUCCCUCCACCGUCUCUCUCAACACACCACCACCGUCUUCAACCUCCACCCUACGGUAAUAUAUUGUCAUGUCGGACGUGCGUGCUUCAGUGCUUGUGUUGUGUAGCCUCCCUGUGGUCGUGCUGAUUAUUGGCGCGUGAUAUGUCGCGCGUACGUACGUACGUACCUGUAGUUGCCUGCUAUGCUAAAGUACGAGUAUAUGUUAUCGUUGUGCUAGGAUGCCGAGUGAGCUUGGUGCCUGUAAAUUCAUGCCCAUCGGUGCCACCAUGUCUCGUAUGUAUAAGUUGCCUGCUGUUCGUUUUAACCGGUAUUUCUCUGUAUGUCACUCUCUGAGUGCUGAGGCAUGUGGGCCAUGCAUGUAUAUAAGCGACGUGGCAUGCGAUCGGGCUACCAAGUCAGUAAUGAGAUGAUCAUGUCGUCGUUGUCGUCGUC